ACCUAAUGUCUCAUGUUACAACUGUGGAGAAAAAAGACAUUAUGCUCAGAAUUGUUUAUCAGAAAGAAGACAUAUAAGAGAACAAAAGGUACAACUUUACCAAUCAAAUAACAUCUGUCAAAGAGACGUUAGUUAUGUAGGAACAGAGGAAUAUGAUGAAAAAACAAUAUACGUCACCCAAAAAUUAAGAUCUCAACUAUAUACCAAAGAUCGAAGAGAAGUUAAGCAAAAACAAUCCGAAUCUCGCAAAGAAUAUGUACUAAGAAGUAAAGUGCCAAGACUGCAAGCACAAGAUAUAGAUGAAUCGAUGGAAUUAGAAGACAACAUACCUGAAAUAACUCCUAUUGAAACCCUAGUCAGAAAAAUCAUCAAAAAAUGA